AUGACGGACCACAAGAGAAGAGUUCAGCAGCUGCUGAACAAAAUAUACACAGAAGCAAACCCAACAAUAAAGGAAUCACUCUGGUGGGACCUUUAUUUUACUCUUCGGGAGCGACCCAGACUUGCCUUUGAUUGGGUUCCCUUCCUGCAUUCCGAUACAAGCUCGAUUCCAUUCUUACGUCUACUUGGAAGCCGAGUUGUUGACGAGGCAAGACUGUGGGAAUUAGCCAACGGCUGCCCUGACAACCCCAAUGAAGAAUCCAGGAUCGUUCCUUGUCUAGAAGAUUUGUGGGACCUAAUGACAUCCCCGCAAUUGUUUGAACCUGACCCGGUGGAGAUUUCUUUACCUCCAGACUCCAAAGAAACGGGAACACAAGGUGAAGAAGGACAAAGGAACCUGAUAUUAAUACUCAAGAAGACCAUACUACACAUCAAGCACUGUGUAAAGAUUUGUGUCAAGGAGAUACCAGACUUUUCCUCCAUUCCGCAUUGGCUUGCCGCAGUACACGACGCGCUCCAGAAGAUCAAAGAGGAGCCAAAGGCAAUCCAUGUUAGUCUAAAGCAAACAGCAGGCUCUGCUGCGUUCAAGUUUAACUCAGAACACCACCGGGUCGACCACGUCGGGCGAUUCAACUAUGUGAAUGUCACCUUCAACAGGUGGGAGCCAUCUGUGGUCCACCUGUUGAGAGAAACAGACUUGUCCUCGAUCCAUCACAUCUCCAUUGGCCCUGCAGAUCCACCUUUUGGUUGUUGCAUCAAUUUCGACGGCGAACGAAACACAUAUGUGGGGCGCGCGAGUCGCCGUUCUUCUGAGGGCACAGCCUUGACGCUCGGUGGCGCAUCCCCCGCUUCUGGCAAGGCAAUCGCUACAGAAUGUGUCUGUGGAUUGCUACGGAAUGCUCCUGAUUUGAAAGAGUUGCGCGUCACUUACACGGCAAUGGAUUUGGACUUGAUUGCCGUUGCCGAAGCAUUGAGGACACACAAGCAACUGAGUUACUUUCGAUGGGAGAUGCGAGAACUGAUUGUAGGAAGUGCCUUUACAGAUUUGCUCAUUGAAGUCAAGAACGAUCGCUCUGGAUAUGCCCGCUGGUCCGGUGGCCACAUCAACAUGCUAUAUGGACUAUUGCGCCAAUCACCUGGCAACUGGUCUCUCAUUGCAGAUCAGAACCACGCAGAAGGUAAGGUUCGUGGCUAUCGCCGCAAACGACGGAAAAGAGGGAGCAAAACGACCCGAAAGAAGAGGCAGGCUGUGGCUUGCAGUACGGAUGAACCGGAGAGCCAGAGAGCCUGCACAUAUAUAUAG